CUUUCCUCCCUUUUAAGUACUCUACGAUUCUAGGAUUUUCUGUAAGUUCUCUCUGCGCCGUGUGCAUCUUCAAACCUGCGCGCAAAUCGUCUAGUCAUGGGUCACUCCAACGUUUGGAAUUCACACCCCAAGAAUUAUGGGCCUGGUUCUCGUGCCUGCCGUGUGUGCGGAAAUCCCCAUGGGUUGAUUAGGAAGUAUGGGCUGAUGUGUUGCAGACAGUGCUUCCGUAGCAAUGCCAAGGAAAUUGGCUUCAUCAAGUAUCGCUGAAGGAUAGACACCUUUUCCAUUUCCACAGGAGCAGAAGAGUAUGAUUCAAGUAGCAGCUUUCAGUUUGGAUUUUAAGAUAAUAUUUAACUUUUGAUAUUUUGUUAAACCUGAAUUGAUGGUAGACGAGCGGUAAUUUGGAAUGCUGUGAGAAUUUUGUUGAGACAUACUCAUUUAUGGAUGAUUACUUUUCUUGCUCCA